AUGAGUGAAGAAGUAGCUGUCUUGCUCUCCCGUCCCGCCCACCUCUCCCUGCCUCUCUCCGACCUCCCGCCUUACCUCCUGCCCCACCUCUCCUCCCUCCGCUCCCUCCACCUCUCCCUCUCUGCUCCCCACCAUCCACUCCUCUCCGGUCGCCCCUUCCACUCACUCUCCCGCCUCUCCCUCCUCCACCUCUCCCUUGGCUCUCCCACCACCGGCCUUUCCGAGCCUCUUCUGCCGGACCUGGCAAUGGCACGUGCAGACCCACUGCCCACAUGCAGACCCACUGCCCACAUGCAGACCCACUGCCCACAUGCAGACCCACUGCCCACAUGCAGACCCACUGCCCCAGCAGCAGCACACGCUCGCAUUGAUGGGCGAGCUGCCGCGCCUGACCCACUGGCCAUCCAUGACUCGCCAUGGCCGUCCCACCCCCCCAUGCACGCACCCACCAUCCUGCCGCACCUCCUCCCCAACCUCACCUUCCUGCGCAUCCACUCCCCCCCACGUGCGCCCCUGCCCGUGCUGCGUCACCUGCGCACGCUCAUAGUGGGGUCCUACCCGCACUCCUCGCGCUUCCUCGCCGCGCUCUCACUCUUCCCCGCCCUCACGGCCCUCCGCAUAUUUAACCUCUCCACGCACAACCACCACUCAGCCCUCGCAUGCCCUCCCCACCUCAAAUCGCUCCAAAUCUUCCACUCCCUCACUCCCCUCCUCCCCGACUGCCUGCGCCUCUUCUCCUCCCUCACUCGCCUCCAUCUUUUCCAGUCUACACCGCUCCGCGCCCUCCCCUCCUUCCUCUCCUCCUUAUCCUCCCUCACCCACUUGAAAUUGGGUCGUGGCUACAACCCUGUUGUGGUGCCUGUGGGGCUUCAAGGGUAUCUGCAGGGGAGAGGCUGGGCGCGAGAGCAGGAGGAGGAGCAGAAAAGGAAGGGGCAUCAAGGGAGAAAACCGAAGACAGAUUGGGAGAUUGAGGAGGAGAGGAGAAGGAAGAUGAUGUUUCAGAGUGUGUUUGAGGGAUCGGAAGCGAGUGGCAGCAAUCAUGAUUUGCACGAUCAACGGAAGUUAACACCAGAGGAGGUUCCAGCAGGGGCGUUACAGCAUCCAAAGCACAGCAGUAGCAGCAAUAGUGAGGAGAGCAGCACUCCCAAUGGCACACAGCUGCUGCAGUUGCCACCUGCGGUGCUACAAGGCAUGCUGCAGCUGCCACCUGUGGUGCUACAAGGCAUGCUGCAGCUGCCACCUGCGGUGCUACAAGGCGUGGUGCAGCUGCCACCUGCGGUGCUACAAGGCGUGCUGCAGCUGCCACCUGCGGUGCUACAAGGCGUGGUGCAGCUGCCACCUGCGGUGCUACAAGGCGUGCUGCAGUUGCCACCUGCGGUGCUACAAGGCGUGGUGCAGCGGGUGCAGAGUCCUGUGGACCAGGGGAGAGUGAGACCGCCUGUUUGCAGCAGUCACAGCAUGAUGAGCCACCACGAGACAAGAGCAGAAGCAGCUUUCAGCGGUUCUCCUCUCUUCUCCUCCUCGUGGCUCCCCUCCGACUCUCCCUUCUGGGUCAUCCACUCCUCCCCCACCUCCUCCUCCAUGCUCCCAUCCUCCUACCCUCCCUUCACCCUCCCCCCUCCCAUCACCCUCUCCUCCCUCUCCACCUGCUUGGUGCCCCCUCUCCCCUCCCCCUCCUCACUCGCCCACACCCUCGCCAACUACCCCAACCUCUCUACGCUCGCCCUUCCCCUCGUCUCCACCACGGCCUGCCCCCUCCGCCCCUCGCAUUUGCGCUCUCUGCUUGCUGCUGCUGCCGCUCUCCCUGCUCUCACCUCCCUCUCCUUGCUCCUGGAGCCCGGCUUCUCAGCCAACCACGAGUGUGGCUAUGGACGGGACGACUGGAGGGCGGCUGCUGGGAUGGAGAGGAAGGUGGGGCGAUGGUGGGGGGAGGCGAACCAGGAGAUGGAGAGGGGGCUGUUUGCCGUGCUGAAGAGAUGCCGAAGAACACAUGCCUCCUCAGCUCUCCCUCUCCUCCCCCUUCGCCCACCUCCGCUCCCUCCGAUCGCUCUCCCUGCAUGUGCCAAGCACCCUCAGCCGCUACUACCACCCUGGGGCAGCUGGAGCAGUGUCUCUGACGACCUGCUGCUGGGUCUGCUCUCCUGCCUCUCCUCCCUCUCCCUGCACCUCCCCGUCUCCACCAUGCCCUCUUCCUUCUCCUGCCUCACUUCCCUCACUUGCCUCGACACCAACCUCUGGAUUUCGGGACUGGAGGACGCAGAGCAAGGGUUGGUAGUGGAGGACGCAGAGCAAGGGUUGGUAGUGGAGGACGCAGAGCAAGGGUUGGUAGUGGAGGACGCAGAGCAAGGGUUGGUAGUGGAGGACGCAGAGCAAGGGUUGGUAGUGGAGGACGCAGAACAAGGCAUGGUUGGCUGGCGCAGAAACGACGAGGAGUGGAGGGCGCCUGUGUGUCAGCAGCUCAAGGUGCUGCAGCUGGUGACGUCAGGCCGCGCUUCCAUUGUCGACAUGUCUCUCGACCCUGCCCUGGAGCACAUGGCACUCGCUGCCAGCUCAUAUGUGGCCUGGAAGGUGGGGAGUGGCUUCUCUGCCAACCUUUGCUUCCUGCACUUGGACCGUGGAAAGCUGUCGGGAUAUGACAGUGAACCCCGGCUGACGCAGCUCACGGCGCUCACCACUCUGGUGGUGGACAAUGCUGACUGCCGGGACUUCCUUGCAUGCCUCUCCUGCUUCUCCUCCCUGCACACCCUCCGCCUCUCCAACAUCACCAGAGGCUGCUCCGAGCCUAUCUCACGUGCCCGCCUCUCCUCGCCACGCUUCAAAUCUGUCGCUGCGACCUGCCGCACCUGCCAUCCUCACUGCUCAAAUCCUCACUCGUCUCCACCAUUUCAGACUCACCGCAGAUGGCCCCAUGCCCAAUGUGCCGGCAUGCCUGAGAGAUUUUCUCAUAGGAAGGGACUUGUAUGA